AUGUCCGCCACAAGGGAAGAAAAGUUCCUUCCGUCACCAGCGGUGCAUCGUCUUGCGCCCCAGCAUCCGCUCUCGCUCAUCAUCUCUGCCAUCGCCUUCUACUGGGUUGCAUCUCUCUCCGUCGUCUUCCUCAACAAGACCAUCCUCUCAGGAUCCGAGUACAAGUUUCCCUACCCACUCUUUGUCACGCUCUAUCAGUUGGUCGUUGCCCUAGCACUGCUAAUCGUCUCCGGGCACCUCGGAAAGAGGUACCGCACCUUCUCGAUGGUACCCCCCUUUGAGUUCGAUCUGGACGUCGCCCGUAAGAUCGCGCCCCUCUCCGUCGUCUACGUCCUCAUGCUGGCCCUCAACAACCUUUGCCUCCAGCUUGUCGAGGUUACCUUCUACCAGGUCGCCCGCUCGCUCUCCAUCUUCUUCAACAUCUUCUUCACUUUCACCAUGCUCCGCCAACGUACCUCUGUUGGGGCUAUGCUCGCCUGCUCCAUUGUCGUCCUCGGCUUCUUUGUCGGCUCCAUGGGCGAGACCAACUUCUCGUGGCCCGGUCUCUUCGCAGGCGUCGGAUCCAGUGUCUUUGUAGCACUGUAUGGAAUCUAUGUCAAGAAGACACUCUCGAUCGUCGACAACAACCAGUGGCGACUCUUGCACUACAAUACCACAAUCUCGAUCAUUCUGUUGACCCCAAUCGUGCUCUUCUCGGGCGAAAUCAGCGAGAUUAGAUCCGAGGUUUAUUUCUUGGGAGAUAUGGGAUUCUGGAUCUUGAUGACCAUCACGGGCGUGGCGGGAUUCUUGAUCAACACCGCCAUGUUCUUGCAGAUCAAAUAUACCACCGCCUUGACGAACACCAUCUCAGGAACCGCAAAGAGCUGUGUCCAGACUUUGCUGGCCAUGGCCUUCUAUCAGAACCCUAUUACUGCCAUGAACGGAUUCGGUAUCUUCUUGAGUUUAUUCGGAUCUGGCAUGUACUCCUGGGUCCGGUACGCAGAGAUGCAGCGCAAAUAA